CUGCCCUCUGACUGCUCUGUGCGCUGCAUUUUGUGACUAGACAACUACAGAGCUUAUCAUGUCCUCUGACGACAAAGUCCGCCCGACGAAGCUCAAAUUCAAGGGGGAGAAAACCAAGAAGAAGCGCAAGAGGGAGGAUGGAGAGGAAGGUUCAAGCACUAGCCGACGUCGCCGCAAAGAGGAGGAAGAGAGUCCAGAGACAUGGGUGCUACCUGAGAGUGCCCACGAGAUUCGUGGCCCAACUUUUAUCAUGCAUCCUUCUGAUCCUUCACCCAUCUGCAUCACGUAUGACUCUACCCGGGGACGCAUUGUGCUGCAUUCGCUGGACAAGGACAGGACUGAAGGGCAGGAACCAGUAAGCUUCCUCGACCGUACACCAGCUGAAGUGUCGCAAGUGUGGGUAAUUACGCGCGUAGCGGGUUCGCCCACAAUCAACCUACGUACCGGUGUUGGAGAAGGGAAGUUUCUAUCAUGCGACAAGCACGGGCUAGUGUCUGCGGACCGAGAAGCUCGCGGGCCACAGGAAGAGUGGACCCCUAUCGUCCUACCCGAUGGCAUGGUUGCUUUCCAGAACGUCUAUGAGAAGUACCUGGCUGUCGAUGAGGUCGCCGGCGGGACUAUCGCCCUACGCGGAGAUAGUGAUGAAGUUGGAUUUGCGGAGCGCUUCUGGGUUAAGAUCCAAAGCAAGUACAAGAGAGAAGCGCAUGAAGAGGAGAAGAAGAGGACGGAGGGUGUGACCGAUGGCAUGAAGGUGGACGAAGCCGGUGCAAAUAAAAUCUACCAAGCUUGGGGUGCCGGGCGGUCGGUUGUAUCUGUGGAUGACAAGAAGGAGCUGAAGCGCGCUCGUAAAGAGGGUCGAUUAGCGGAGGCACUGCUAGACAGGAGGGCGAAGUUGAAGAGCGAUCGAUUUUGUUGAGUUUACGCUUAGUAGUUGUAGUUUUAUCUCCAGGGGAGUGCUAUCUACGUUCAGUAGGGCAAUUUUGACUGCUGAGUAGGUACUAUGCGUGAUCCUGACCAACCAGUGUUGAGCGUAAUCC